AUGGAACGAGAUCGAGCCUUGGGUUCAAUUAACAGUCCACCUUGGUUUGAUGGGGAAGAUUAUUCCCAAUGGAAAAUUAUGAUGAGAGCAUUUUUGUACUCUCAAGAUGAAAAUAUGUGGAAGAUUGUUGAGACAGGGUGGGUUCAUCCAACCAAACCUGAAAAUUCUAAGGCUACUGAGUCUUCGGGGGCCAAAAUGAUUCCUAAACCAAGGGAAGAGUGGAGUACGGAAGAGGUCCGUGAUUGUAAUCAUGAUUUUAAGGCUAGGAAUAGUUUAUUCACUGCCUUAUCAAAAAAGGAAAGGGUUAGGAUUAGUCAUUGUGAGACUGCCAAGAAAGCUUGGGAUCUUCUCCAGGUUACUUAUGAGGGCAACAAGAGAGUUAGAGCACAAAAGCUUCAGAGGUUGGUCUUAGAAUUUGAGAACAUGACAAUGGGGAACGAUGAGUCAGUUGAUGACUUUCAUGCUAGACUUAUCAAUGUGACAAGUCAGUGUCAUAGCUUAGGUGACCCAUUUGAAGAACAUCGUAUUGUUAAGAAGUUCCUUAGAUCUCUUCCACCUAGCUUUCAGUCCAAGCAAACAGCCAUAGAGGAAGCUCAGGAUAUUGACACCUAUUCUCUAGAUGAACUUGUAGGCAAUCUCAAAACAUUUGAGAUGAGAAUUAAACCAGAAAAAAAGGUGAAAAAUAUAGCGUUUAACUCUGUCAAAAAGGAAGAAGAUGUUGAGGUUAGCACUGAAGAUUUGGAUUACUUGACAAAACAGUUCAAGAAAUUCUUUAAGUCUAGGAACUCCUCUGGUCAAGGGUCAAAAAGUGUUUCUGAGUCUAAUUCAAAACAAGGUCAAGCUUCUGACAACUCCUAUGGGAGGAACUCCAAAAAUAGUAAAUAUCCCCAAAAGAAAAAAUUUAAUGAAAAACCUAAAUGUUUUGAGUGUGGUGGGAUUGGUCAUUUAGCGAUUGAUUGUGGAAACAAAAGGUACAACUCACGUGUGGGUAAAGCCUUAAGGUCCACUUGGAGUGAUAGUGAGUCUGAUACUCACUCUGAAAAUGAAGAAGAGAACAUUGCACUUACCUCAACUCUUCAUAAUGAAUCAUCUGAUGAAUCAGACGAUGAGGAGCAUUCAGAUAAAGCGAUGAAUGAGAGAGAGAAAACGGAGGUUGAAGAGAGAUUGGAGUCUAGCGUCAAAAAAUGGGAGGUUGAAAGGUCUGACUUCGUUAGUCAAAUCAAGGUUUUAGAAGAAAAUUUGAAUGCUCAGGCCACUCUUGCUGGCUCACUUGCUUCUGAAAAAUUAAGCCUUGAACUUGAGUUGAAAGAGUCUCAGCAAAAGUUUUCUAAAUUCUCAAUUGGGUCAGACAAAGUGUCUAGAAUGAUUGGGAUGGGAAAAUCUGAAGGUGACAAAAAGGGCAUAGGUUUUAGUUCUGGUGAGAGCUCUAAAUCUUUGAAAUUUGUAAAGAGUUCAGGUUUCCUUCAACCUGAAAAUGUCAAUGAUAGAAGAGGCAGAGAGUUCAGUUCUAGUGAGCAUGAUAGACAUUCAGGUUUAGCAAAGAAUUAUGUUCUUCCGCAACUUGGAUAUCAUUCUUUGUCUAGAAAGUUCACCCCUAUUUGUCACCAUUGUGGAACUCCAGGUCACAUCAGACCUAAGUGUAACUAUCUUCGGAGAAAUGCACAAAGGGUCUGGACUCCUAGAAAGAGUAAUCAAAACCUCUCUCUGCAGACAAAGUUGAAAGAACACUUGAGAGAAAUUGGCAGGAUUGCUCACUUGGUUUCAAUCCCAGCGUCCUGUAUGCCUCAGAUGAAACAAAUUUGGAAAAGAAAAGAAUCUCAUCACCCUACGUUUUCUCGUACAGGUGAUUGA